AUGACUGGAAAAUGGCAUGACAAAAAUGACACGAAACAAAGCUCAGAUGGUGUCAUAAGAGAAGUCGAAUUGACUACUUCUACUAGAAGGACGAUCAGGCGACCCGUAAAUCUCGUCAUUCCACUUGAAUUGGGUGACACAGAUAACGGUACCCACGAAGAUGGCAAAAAUGGCGAAGUUUGCAAAGAGAAUGCGAACCAAGAUACCCGCUAUGAUUUUCGACCACGAAAAAACAUACCUUAUAACGAAAAUACGUUAGCCAAUACAGCGUCUACAACAUCUCCUGGGUCCUCACUCUCACCCAAAUUUUCUCUUCUGAUAUUGACUUUGCUCACUCUUUGUUUCCCAUCACUAUCUAGACCAAUCGUCGAAUCACUCAGUAUGGAGUGUCAUAAAAACGGCGUGUUGGUAAAAAAUACUAACGCAGCAGAUUUUGAAAUUUGCAUAGAAGAUGAAUGUAAGCUCUAUACAAAACCAUCCUUGCGAGAGUUAGUUCGUUUCUCUCCAGAACGAACUCUACAUGAGCACAGCGUUCGCCUCAAAUGGAAAACGAAUGAAACGCUUUCUUCCAUGGAAAUGACCUGUCAACCAAUAGAUUUCUGCGAGAAUAUUCAGUGCAUUUUUUGCCUUUCACUCUUGCUAAAUCCUGAAUGUUGGCCACUAGGAGCUUUACUAGGCUCUACCCUUUUGAUUUACGUCAAUUUACCAAUAACAAUUGGGAAGCCUAUACGAAUAAUGUCGCAAGCCAUCUGUUAUAUUUUCCUAUACAUUUUCAGAUUCUUCUUUCGUUUCGUGCGAUAUUUGUUGCGAUUCUCAACUAGGACGCCCACUCAAAGACAGCGACUCAGACAAUUGGCAGAAGCUCUUGCGAUAGUGGCGAUUUCAGUACAGGUAGUUGCGAAGGUUCACACUUGCCAAGACGUGAAUAUCUUUGCUCUGAGUUCGAACAUUUGCACUUUCUCCUCAUCAUCCACGGACACAUGCGAAAUCUCACUCUCUAAUAUUCUGAAAUUAAACACAUUCAAGCAAGAGGCUUGCCUACGUCUUUACGCAAACACAUCUCUUGUCUCGCACUUGAAAAUUCGCUGGAAAGGGCUCGCACUAUAUUGCACUCUUGAAACUCUGGGCUACACCCGCGACAUUCAGAUUCAUAUUCUUGAUAGUAAACGUUGUCCGCAUAUGGGCUCAUGUAAGGGCGAAAAAUGUGCGACCAUUAAUUCCACUGAUCUUGUUCCGGAGCUCGAAAGGGCAAAUAGUUACCCAGGACGGACGGGGUGCUUGGAAUCCUGUGGGGGGUUAGGCUGUGAUUGCCUGUACCCAAGCUCCGGAUGUCUUUUCUAUCGGGUCUAUGCAGUUCCCAGGAGCAAAGACAUCUUUGAGAUAUCUCGAUGCAUCCAAUGGAAGCAGGAAGUUAAGCUAGAAGUCACUGUAGAAACCAAUGGGAAAACGCACCAUUAUGUUUUAGCGGUCAUCCCCAAUGUGCCAGUAUUCAUGCACAAUUUCACGCUAACAAUGACCUCUUUAGCAGUUCCUCCUCUUCCCACUUUGAAUCAGAAAUUUAUCACCAACGGUAAAGAAUAUGCUAUUUGGCAACCUGACAGAAAUCCACUUCUUUCCUGCAAAUCAUACAGCGAGGCAAAACACCUCAAGUGCGAUUUCAGCGAUGACUGCAAGUGUGGUCCUGCCGAAUCUAAAGUACGAUGCGAUUGUACUCACCCGCAAGUGAGCAAAAUUUUUGACGACCUCUCUCAAAAACUUCCACGACAGCUAGGAAGCACAUUAUUCUUCAAAAAAAGCGACUCCCAAAUUGUGGCUCGUAUACGAGAUACUGCUUCUACUGAGUUUGUCAUUACCUAUCAAGGAAAAGUCAGUAGAGCAAAACAACAAGUAAAUAAAGCAGUUUGCUCCGUUGAGAAUAUAGUUUUGAAAGGCUGUUACCGCUGCACUAGAGGCGCUGAUGCGAUUAUUUCGUGCUCAUCUCCUCAACCGACUCUUGGGGAAAUCAAAUGCGACCGUGACACAUUCGUAGUGUCAUGUACACCAGAUGGUACUCGAACACAGCUAAGACUUAUGCGAAAUUUCGCUCGAAAUCAUCUCAAUUGA